AUGCACAUGUGGUUUGACUUGACUGCUUUGUCUCGAUCAAUAUCACACGAGGAGGGAAUGGCAUCAUUGGGAGCGAGCAAGCGGUUGCAAAAAGAGUAUCUCAGUCUCAAGAAGAAUCCGCCGCCGUAUACGUAUACGAAACCUCUUGAGAGCAACAUACUUGAAUGGCACUAUGUGAUACGAGGCCCACCGGAUUGUCCAUAUGAAGGCUACUAUCACGGCAAGCUGAUCUUUCCAAGCGACUACCCCUUUAAGCCACCUCAGAUACGGAUGAUCACUCCCAACGGACGCUUUCAAACGGAUACAAGGCUAUGUCUUUCUAUGAGUGACUUUCAUCCUGGGAGCUGGAAUCCAGCGUGGCAUGUGGAGAGUAUAUUAAGUGGGUUACUGAGUUUUAUGUUAGAGGACACGCCGACGACUGGGAGCGUAAAAACAUCAACAGCAGAAAAGAGGCUAUUUGCCCAAAAAUCUCACCAAUUCAAUCUGUCAAAUCGAAAAUUCCAAGAGGUGUUUCCAGAAUUAUGCACUCCCGAACCCAACACUUCACUGUUCUUUAUGCCCACAACAACACCAUCUACUACAACAUCGAAUCCCACUCCCACAGUUGCAACACCACCAAUACAACCAGUGCAGGCUCCUAUAGUUAAAGAAGCAACAAAUGGUCACGCAUUACCGAAACCAGCAGCACCAAUACCGCCACAAAAUAAUAGACCUCGUACAGCCCUAAGCUUAAAUCACUGGUUUGGAAUCGCUGUUGUCUUGGUGCUUGCUUGGCUUGUGUCUUCUCGUGCCAUGAGUAAACUAGACCUCAUUUCGCCUGCAAUUGCAUUUAUGGAGGCAAUAGAAAGACUAAGAGCUCAUGUAGCGAUCGCAUCACCCGCUGGACUUGAUGGAAUUUCAUAUAAUCACAAGGCUGCAGUGUUGGUAGCCCUGAAACUAGAUCGAAACCAAGACCUACAAGUCCUAUUGACAGUGAGAUCGCGCCACAUGAGGACAUUCGCUGGAGAGGUUGCUCUGGCCGGAGGCAGACGCGAUUCUACCGAUGCAGAUGAAGUUGAGAAUGCCCUCAGAGAAGCGCAUGAGGAGGUUGGGCUGUUGGCAGAAUCUUGUGAGGUCUUGACAGUUUUACAUCCAAUGGUGUCUCGCAAUGGCCUGAUUGUCACUCCAGUCGUGGCACUUUUAGAUCCUGCUUACGUUGCCGUACCCAAUCCUUCAGAAGUUGGAGAAUGCUUUUAUGCUCCACUGAAGUCGUUCUUGACUGGAAAUGAAAGAUCUGGAUGGGAUCAUACAUGGCACGCUCGUAAUUGGCGCAUGCAUAUGUUUGACCUUUCAGGACAUAGAAUAGCUGGAUUUACUGCAGGUGUUGUUUUGGAAGUUGCCCAAAUAGCUUAUGGUCAGCGGGCUUCGUUUGGAGCUUAUGCUGACAAUGAGACGUCUAUACCCGACAUUAAAAUAAUUGAGAACUUUAUCGCAACGGGGGAUUUCGCUCGGUCGUCGAAACUAUGA